AUGUCAAGUGCAGAAAGUUUGUCGGAUAGCGAAGGGUUGGAAAAAUUCUAUGAAUUAUUAAUUGAAGCAUCACAAAAGGUACAAGAAUUGCAGCUGAAAGAUAGAGGCAAUACCAAGAUUAAUGCAGUGGAGGAUGAUAAUGCACCCUAUGUUCUUCCUGUAGUGCCUUAUAAGGAACCGCUGAGGAAAAAUCAAAAAAACGUGAUUCAUGUGAUGAAACGUUUGCAUUCCAUGACUACAGCUGAAAUGCAGAAGGAAUUAAAAAAAGCACAUAUUGAUUCUCGUGGAAAACGAAGUGAGUUGUACAACAGGUUGAAGAAGUACUUUCGAAAAGAAUUCGCAGUUAUUAAAAGUGCAGAACCCCUACGAAAUAAAACUGAAAUAUUUUAUGAUUAUUUUGUGGUGAUAGAUUUCGAAUGUACAUGUGAAGCUGAUCUCUACGAUUAUAACCAUGAAAUUAUCGAAUUUCCAGCUAUUCUCGUUGAUGUACGGAAAAAAGAAAUUGUGGAUAUUUUCCAUUCGUACGUACGACCAGUAGUGAAUCCGCAACUUAGUGAAUUUUGUUCUGCAUUUACGGGUAUCACCCAAGAAAUGGUUGAAAAAUCUUUACCAUUCAUUGAUGUUUUGGAUUCCUUCCGAGCCUGGAUGCAGUUACAUCGUUUAGGACAGAAAGACGUACGCUACGCUUUCGUAACUGACGGGCCUUGGGACAUCGCUAAGUUUUUUCAAAUGCAGUGCAUUCAGAGUAAAUUAAGUGCCGUUCCUCACGAUUUUCGCUUUUACAUCAACAUUCGAAGAUCGUUCGCAAAUAAAUACUGUAAAAAACAUUCGACGCAAAAGAUUAAUCUAGUCGGGAUGCUGACAUCCCUCAAUAUGAAAUUCGAAGGUCGCCAACAUUGUGGACUCGAUGACUCUAAAAAUAUUGCAAGAAUUGUUAUAAAAAUGUUGGAAGAUAGAUCUGAGCUAAGGGUUAACGAGAAGCUUGUCUGGGCUAAGGAAGGUGAAAGAGCAAAAGUACUGCUAUCAGACAUGACUAAGGAAGAUCGGGAUCGACGAGUUUGGAGAGAUAACCUGCCAUACAUAGUACAACAGAUAAGCCGGGAUUCAUUUAUCAGUGGUGAAUAUUUAGACUGUGACACAUGCGAUGAGGGCGACUGA